GUUACAUAAUCCACUAAGUUUAUACGUUUUCUGAGAUCUGGAGAUGAUCAUGUAGACCGAAGGAGGCUACAUAAGAUCAGCUGCUGUCGGCCCGUGUGUUCAGUUUGCUGAAGUGGUGCACUCUGGGAAAUACACACAAGGCUUGUAGGUCGAGAAACAUGCAGUCGAUUUUUGCAAUAAAUGGAUUGGAGACUCCCGAGCCGGUGAAAGCUCAGGUGGAAGUCGUGGUAUCACAGGAAUAUACCAAGGACAGUAAACGAGGUAGAAUACCUGUGUGACCUCUGACCUGCAGGGUCCAUCCCGUCCUGGCUGCAGGGAACUCUCCUGAGGAACGGACCGGGCCUCUUCUCCGUGGGCAGCUCCGAGUACAACCACUGGUUUGACGGCAUGUCGCUCCUUCACAGCUUCACCUUCGCCAACGGUGAGGUGACCUACAGGAGUAAGUUUCUGAAGAGCGACACGUACAAAAGGAACAUCAAGGCCAACAGAAUCGUCGUCUCCGAGUUUGGAACCAUGAUCUACCCGGAUCCCUGCAAAAACAUCUUUUCCAGGGCAUUCACACACCUCAGCAACAUCAUCCCUGACUUCACUGAUAACAACCUGAUCAACAUCAUCCGCUACGGUCAGGACUACUACGCCUCCUCCGAGGUCAACUACAUAAACCAGAUUGAUCCUGCUACCCUUGAGACUGUCGGCAGGAUUAACUACAGGAACCACAUCGCUCUGAACUUGGCGACGGCUCACCCUCACUAUGACGACGAGGGCAACACCUACAACAUGGGCACCGCCAUUAUGGGCCUGGGCCUGCCCAAAUACGUCAUCUUCAAGGUCCCAGCUGAUGCUUCAGAGCGCAAGAAGCCGGCGCUGAGGAAAGUCCAGCAGGUGUGUUCGAUCCCGUUUCGUUCCACUCUGUUCCCGAGUUACUUCCACAGCUUCGGCAUGACCGACAACUACAUUGUGUUCGUGGAGCAGCCCUUCAAACUGGACAUCGUCAAACUGGCCACCGCCUACUUCAGAGGGGUCAACUGGGGCAGCUGCCUCAAAUUUGAUGAGGAUGACAUCACUUUGUUCCACGUCGUCAACAGAAAGACGGGACGGGCCGUGUCCACCCGUUUCUACGGCGACGCCCUGGUGGUCUUCCACCACAUCAACGCGUACGAGGCCGACGGCCACGUGGUCUUCGACCUGAUCGCCUACAAUAACAGCAACCUGUACGAGAUGUUCUACAUCCGGAACAUGAGGCAGGAGACCGACGACUUCGUCCAGACCAACAAGAGAUUUGCGCCGCCGGUGUGCCAGAGGUUCGUCCUGCCGCUCGACGUCCACAAGGAUGCCCCCAGAGGAUCCAACUUGGUGACCCUAGCGGACAUGACGGCCCAGGCAGUGAUGCGGGAGGACGGCUCCGUCUACUGCCAGCCAGAAACUCUGUUUGAUGGUCUGGAGCUGCCGGGAAUCAACUACAAUUUCAACGCUAAGAAGUACCGAUACUUCUACGGCUCCAGGAUGGAGUGGUCACCUCAUCCCAAUAAGAUCGCCAAGUUUGACAUCGUCACCCGGAGGCACAUCGAGUGGCAGCAGGAGAACUGCUUCCCUUCGGAGCCGGUGUUUGUCGCCUCUCCGGGCGCCGUGGAGGAAGACGACGGCGUGAUCUUAUCGUCCGUGAUCUCUCCGGAUCCGAACAUCUCCCCGUUCAUGCUCGUCCUCGACGCCAAGACCUUCGAGGAGAUCGCCCAGGCCUCCAUCCCGGCCAACGUCCACAUGGACCUUCACGGAUAUUUCAUCCCGGCCGCCGUCUGAUGGCCGAGCAAACCCGCUGGAUUCGUUAUUUAUUCAAAUUGUAUUGUCUUGAAGAGAAGGUUCAGUUACCUUCUUUGUUUUGUUUAUUUAAACAUUGUUCUUCAUUUUUUAUGCAUUCUACAAGAGAUGUGUUGACAAAGUUUAGGCAGAUAUCCAUUAAAUGUCCUGCUCCCCAGAGGAUGGACCCGUUUAAAGUCCCAUUCUCAGGACAGAUUUUUUGCACAGUAAGAUAUCUUUUUUAAGACAUUUGUUGAAAAAUCUAUUAGAAAAGUCUGUUUAUAUAAAUAUAUUAUAUUUAUUUAUAUAAAUAUAUUAUAUUUAUCUAGCUUGAUUGUUAAUUUAAGUUACUAUCAACAGUAACAAUUAUCCGUGUAAUCUAUGAAAUGUCUCUAAUUGUCCGGGUUCCGUAUUGAAUUAAAAAAUGUUAAAACCCUGAAAUCACCUGCGUUC